AAAAACAUUUGACUUCUCUUGUUUCUUACAUUUAAUUUCUAUUUAUACAACAAGAAGCAGUUAAAUUGAGUUGAGUCUCAUACAAUACAAAAUUUAAGCACAAAACUUCUCUCUUUGUCCAAAAUUUCUACUUCACGCAAACUCUUUGACCAAGUAGCUUAAUUAUAGCUCAACAAUUAUAACUUCAUAGCUUUAUCAUGGGAAGAACACCUUGCUGUGAAAAGAAUGGCCUCAAGAGAGGACCAUGGACACAAGAAGAAGACCAAAAACUCAUUGAUUAUAUUCACAAACAUGGUUAUAGCAACUGGAGAUUACUCCCAAAAAAUGCUGGGUUGCGAAGGUGUGGAAAGAGUUGUCGUCUUCGUUGGACAAACUAUCUUCGACCCGAUAUAAAGCGAGGUCGAUUCUCUUUCGAAGAGGAGGAAACCAUAAUACAACUUCAUAGUAUUCUUGGCAACAAGUGGUCUUGUAUUGCUUCUAGGCUUCCCGGAAGAACGGACAAUGAAAUAAAAAACUAUUGGAACACUCACAUUAGGAAAAGACUCUUAAAAAUGGGAAUUGAUCCAGUGACACAUAAUCCACGCCUUGAUCUUUUGAACCUUUCUUGUAUCCUAAAUUCAUCUCUUUAUGGCUCUGUUUCAUCACAAAUGAACAACAUCCAAAGGCAAAUUGGUACACAGCCAUUAGUGAACCCUGAGAUUCUAAAGUUUGCUUCAUCACUAUUCAACUCUCAAAAUGGACAAGAGAUUCUCCAAAUUGAUUAUCAGAACCAACAAGUUUCACACUCAAACAUGUUGAAUCCACCUUAUGAUUAUUCAUACUCAUCAUUUUUCAGUGAAAUUGGUUUCCAACAACAACAUGAACAUGCUCAAUUAAGUGAUGAUUUGCAUUGCAAUGAAAUUUCUUCAAGUAAUAAAAAUGAGGAUUAUUAUGUGCAUCAAUUACCAAACUAUAAUAAUUACUACAUUUCUGACUAUCAUGAAAAUGAUCUUAUGAACCCUCACAUAUCAGAAAUCUCAACCUUUAGUUCCAAUAAUAUCAACCAGAACUUCAAUUUCAGUUCAGUUCUAUCUACUCCUUCAUCAAGUCACACACCUUUGAAUUCGAAGUCAACAUAUAUCAAUGAAAGCAACAACACUGAAGAUGAGACAGAGAGCUAUGUUAGAAGCAACAUAUUUCAUGUAAUGUGAUUCGAUGGAUUCAAAAGUUUGAUUGCAGUGAUUUAUGUGGCUAGUUAGCUAUAGAUAUCAAGUUAUUAUUAGAUUAGAUAAUUAUGAAUUGAUGUUGAUACAUGUAACAUUUUUCUAAACCUUUAUAGUUAUUAGUGUUAUACUUUGACUUUGUC